AGGUGUAGGAGUUAUAUUUGAUAAUUAUUUCUAAAAUAGUUUACUUUCUCUGUUCUUCCAUAAUAGGUUGCUCUAAACAUUUCUUCGUUGUUUGGCAAAUUUCAAACUUUUUUAUUUUUUCUCUUCCUUUCUCGCGGUAAAAUAAAAAGUAUAUUUUUAUCACAUUUAUAGUUUAAACUAAAAGCAAAAAAUUGUAUCUGUCAAUAAACAAUAAACAACCACCAAAAAGGUUUUUUUUAGUCAUUUCUUGUUUGUGGUUUCAUUCUUUGCAUCCUCUGUGCUUUCUUCAAAGAAACUUUUGCAGAAAGUAAAGCAAGGUGUAGAGUUUUGCAUCUGAUUGUAUGGCUGAGGCAGGCUUUGAAAUCCCUUUACCAACCCUUGAACCUAAAACAAGUUGUGUUCAAAGGCAUGCUACCAAAAAAAUACACUCCCCAAGUAGUACUACGGUUCCAUCUCGCUAUCUUAAAGCGUCAACUGGUUCUUGCCAUGAUUUUUGCAAAUAUGGAAGAAAACAUGAAGUUGAAGCAAAAUCAUGGGCUCCAAUACGAAAAUUUAUAGCAGCAAGACGAAGUGCACGCAAUGAUCAAACAACUAUUUCAGAAGAAAGUAAGAGGAAAUUAAAGAUUAAUUCUCAGAAUGAAGCUUCCUAUUUGAAGGAAGACUUAUCAGCCCUUGAAGGCACAGAUAUUUCUGCUGUAGAAGAUCCUAACAAUCCAAGUUUGAAGCCAAAGCAUUCAAACUCUUUUUCUCUCACAGAGCAUGGCUGUUCAAUUAAUGAAAAAAGCAACAGAAGCAAAGAAGGCAAGGGAUUGCUAGAUGAUCAAAACAACAGAAUAAGAAACAAGAACAGAAGCAAAGAAAUGAGGACCUCUUUACUGGGUGAGAGAAAGAUUUUGCAUUUUCCAACAGUUUCUUUAUCUCCCAAGCCUUCUUCCAGGAGAGUUCCCAGCACGAUCACUCGAAAAAGCCAAUACAAGAAUAAAGAUGAAGAACCUGAGCAUGUUCCUGAAAAGACUUUAUAUAUCAUUGACUCAACUAUAGAGAACACAACCUCUGAGCCAACACAAGAUGUUAAUCAUACCCUUCAGGUUUCUCCAUCCUCAACUAGUACAACUCAAUCGAUUCUAUCCUCUCAGACGAAUUCAAGAUAUUCCAGUUCUGGAAUGCCCGACUCUCGGUCACCACCUUCUCCAAUGUCCAUUGGGCGCAAAGGCCUCAGACAUUCAAGUAACAAAAAUAAUAUUACAGAAAGACCUUUGUCUUCAUUGGAAUCAACACCAUUAUUACCCACAACACCCUCUGAGAAGCUUGAUAGCAAAGAAAAUUCCAUCACCUAUUUGCGUCGAGCAAAGGUGCUAACUGAGAAGAAGAAACCCGAUUUGCAAGCAGAAUACAGAAUCAGGGCUCGGAUGGCUGGAAAACUUGCUUCAGAAAAAAGCAGUCCUGCUCGAAAGGUGAAGUUCAGGAGAGGAACAAUAAUUGACCUUAAACAAGAGAACAAUACUCCUAGGAGACUCAAAUUCAGACGAGUAAAAUUUAUUCAUGAGAUCCAAAGUCGAAAAGAAGACAACAUGAACGAAAGAGUCCAAGGCAAGGAAGGGAAUGAAUCUGAGUUCAGUACUAUAACAAAGCAAGAGAAAGUUGUCACAAAAAACCAAAAUGUAGAAAGGAAAGGUACCACUUUAAAAAGAAGCUUGAGGAAGAAGGAAUCUAAUGAAAGUGAGUUGAUUGGUACCAAAGCAACUUCAGAGAAAGCUGUCACAAGACACCAAAACAUGGAAGGUACCACAACAAGGAGAAGAAACUUUAGGAGAAAAGAUACUAAUGGAAGCGAGUUGGCUGGUACUAAAAUGAAUUCGGUGAAAGUUGUUUUGAGACACCAAAAUGUGGCAGGAAAAAAGAUAGUUCAGAGUUUGUUCAAUAAUGUGAUUGAAGAAACAGCAAGUAAGCUUGUUGAGAGUAGGAAGAGCAAAGUUAAGGCACUGGUUGGUGCUUUCGAGACUGUGAUCUCUCUACAAGACACUAAUCCCUUAGCCACAUCUGAUGCAAAUUGAGUUUCAAAGAGGUGUGUUACCUUUUAUUUAUUCGUAUAGCUAUUCUGUACAUAUUUUAUGAAAACAAAACCAAUACCAAAACCCAAAAAAGCAAAUAAGAAAAAAGAAAAAAAAAAAUGAAGAAACUAUAUUGGAGUGACAUAUUUUAUAAGCUAUGUGAAGUCUGCAAAGGUUUGAAUUGCAUAUUUAGAAAGACAUUCAACCAAGCGAAGAUGGUCCGCUGGGGAGUGCUUAGAUUAUUUAUUGUUGUGUGUAAUACUACAAUGAUUGUUGGUUGCUCAAAUUUCUAUUUUUUAUUUUUGGUUCUGAUGAUGUUUUCUAUUUAUUCAGAUUGUUCUGUAUUGAAGAAACAGAAUAAUACUUAUAUUGUAUGCAUAUUGUGUAAAAUAAA